AUGGCCAAGGUGCGGAGCAAUUUCCAAGAGCUCCCAAUUGAACCUCAUGGCAUCAUUUGGGAAGACGACUUUGUCGACGCCGAGCAUGAACAGCGUCUCAUCUCCAUCUUCCUGAACGAGCUGAAAUGGCCCGAUCGCCCGGGCCGUAUAUCCCUCCACUACGGCUACACUUUCGACUAUAAAACAUUUGGAAUAGAUCCAGAAAUCCCCUACAAAGAGUUUCCGGGAUGGCUCCAACCACUCAUCCCCACUACCGAAGAACGACCACCAGAUCAGGUCUGUCUGCAGUACUAUCCUCCAGGUGCUGGCAUCCCUCCACACGUAGAUGCACACAAGCCGUAUGAUCAGCUCUACGCACUGUCUCUGGGUGCCCCUGCUAUGAUGUUAUUUCGCAGGGGCGAGCAGCGCCUCGAGGUUGAUUUGACCCCGCGGAGCAUGAUGCAGAUGAGCGGUGACUCUAGGCUGCAUUGGACGCAUGGUAUUAAGAAAAGAAAGACGGAUACUCUUCCAGACGGAACGGUCCGGCUGCGCGAGAAUCGGUGGAGCAUUACCUAUCGCUGGCUCAGAGAUGGAGAUUGUGAAUGUGGGAACCUCGAGCUAUGUGAUACUGCCCAACAGCGGAAUGGUGUUGAGAAGGAGAAGAGAUCAGUCAAGGAGCUGGCUGAGAAAGCUGCUGCUGAAAAGUUGAAUGCUGAACAAAUGGCUGCAACGGCAGUUUGA